UUAAGGAGUGAUUUAACUCACUUCUCUGUGUGAUUUAUGAUCGUAUUUUGAUAAUCCGCUUUUAUCACGGUACGCGCGACGACUUAGUACAAUCUACUUCCUCCAUCUCCCCGGCGUGUUUACUUUUGUUUUUGAUCUGUGUGACCUCCAUUUGCGACAAGAAGAAAAAAAAAAAAACAUUUAAAGGAUUAUUUGUGUAAAACGAAAACUGCUUUAACAUGCUUAACGUGAUGCGGAAACCCAAAGGAAUAAGCCUAAAACGAGUAGUUUUGCUGUUGAUAAUAUUAUUGCUGACUAUAAAUGGAUUGAGGUUGGUUUUCACAAACAGCUUUUUGGCCGAGAAGCCGAAACACGUAACAAUUAGCAAAAACAUCAAAGUUAACAGAACACAGAACUUAAGAACGAAAAUCACCAAGCAAAUCUGUCAAAAGUAUGGUUUGGACAAAGACAACAAUUUCAAAUCGCUCAAAGCUUCAAAGCGACUCAAAACUGUCAUAGUUGAUGACAAACACAAAAUUUUGUUCUGUUAUUUGCCCAAAGUAGCGAGCGGCAACUGGAAAAAAAUCUUUCUCGUCCUCAAAGGCGAAUUUCAAGACGUGAAUGACAUUGAACCAACAGUGGCACACAAAGAAGAUUUACUAAAGACCCUCGGAAAUUCCACCUUCGAAGAGAUAAGAAAAAAGAUUAAAACCUACGAAAGUUACGUGGUCGUUCGCGAGCCAAUGUCGCGGUUGCUGUCUGCAUAUCUGAAUAAAAUCUACUACGACUACACUGGAAAAUUUCACAGGUUAUUUGGCGAGAAAAUUACGAAAUACUCGGGAAGAAUAAUCGGCGAUAGAAAAGUGCAAAAUAAAAUAUCAUUUGCAGAGUUCGUAGAAUUUUUGACGAAGGCUCCAGCGAAGGAAGCUUUUGAAAUUCACUGGGAGAGAAUGCAUAAACUAUGCAAUCCCUGCUUAAUAAAUUAUACACUUAUUGGCAGGUAUGAGAAUUUACUAGAAGAUGCACAGGUAAUAAUUGAAAGUAUUGUGAGAAAAACAAGUAUUUUGUUCCCUACGUACACUAGUGUACAAGAUACGAGUUCUCUUAUGGAAUCCUACUUUUCUCAAAUUACUGAACGUCAGCUGGAAAGAUUAUUGUCUCUCUAUGAAUUAGAUUAUCUACUUUUUGACUAUCCGAAACCAGUGCAUUUGUUUAAGAUCGUGAAAAAGGAAAGAAACGAAGAACUAAACUAAAUAAAGUUUUAAAAUAAUAGAUUUUUAAAAUGCCAUUUUUUGGUAUGACUCUGAAAUGGCUUCCGCUAAGCACCAAUCAGAAACCUGGAACACGAAUCAUCCAAUCACAAUCUAAAAGCCAUUUAACUGUCCGUCAUGACAAUUCAA